AUGAGGAAACAUUACUUUCCUUUGUUCAUUAUCUCCUGCAAGAUGAUGAGUUCUAAUAAGGAGGAGGUCACUUUGGGCGCUUUUCUCCAGUAUAUUGAAGAUAUGGGGAUGAAGGCCUACGAUGGCUUGGUUAUACAGAAUGCAUCAGACAUUGCUCGAGAGAAUGAUCGCAUGAGGAAUGAAACAAACCUGGCUUACUUGAAAGAAAAGAGCGAAAAACGCCGAAAACAAGAAGAAGCAAUAAAACGCAUAGGUGGAGAAGUAGUGAGAGGAAAUGAAGGAAGCUACGUGGGGAAGCAUUUCCGUAUGGGAUUUAUGACAAUGCCUGCUCCUCAGGACAGACUGCCACAUCCUUGUUCCAGUGGCUUUGCCGUAAGAUCCCAAUCUCUUCAUUCUGUUGGAGGAACCGAUGAUGAAAGUAGCAGCUCUCGGAAGCAGCCACCACCAAAACCUAAGCGAGAUCCCAACACCAAAUUGAGCACCUCAUCUGAAACAGUCAACACCGGAACAACAAGUAAGAGUGGGAAACUACCGGACAGGACUGAAGUGUCAGCCAAACCAAGACCUCACAGUGAUGAAUAUACAAAGAAGAUUCCACCUCCUAAGCCGAAACGAAAUCCAAACACUCAGUUAAGCACAUCUUUUGAUGAAACUUACAUCAAAAAGCAUGGCCCUAUGAAAACACCACUCACUAGGGAUGCGUCCUUGUCACAGGUCAGCAGUCCUGCCCCAGACACAGAGGAAGAAGAGCCUGUUUAUAUUGAAAUGGUUGGGAAUAUACUCAGAGACUUCAAAAAAGAUGAAGAUGACCAAAGUGAAGCAGUCUAUGAGGAGAUGAAAUACCCUAUAUUUGAUGAUGUAGGCCAAGAUUCAAAAUGUCAAUGUGAAUACGACCAUCACACGUGUUCUUCUCAGUGUGCUACUCCCACAGUGCCUGACCUCGAUUUCACCAAGACUUCAGUGCCAUCUACUCCCAAGGGCUUGCUUUGUGAUAUACCCCCACCAUUUCCAAAUCUGCUUUCUCACAGACCUCCACUGCUGGUGUUCCCACCAGCACCAGUGCAGUGUUCCCCAAAUUCUGACGAGUCUCCUCUAACUCCGCUGGAGGUCACAAAGCUUCCUGUUUUAGAAAACGUGUCUUACAUAAAACAACAAGCUGGAGCUUCUCCAUCUUCAUUGCCACCUCAUACACCAGGCCAUCAAAAACUGGAGAAAGAGCAGAUGGUAUCUCAUGGAACUAGCACCCCUGGGCACACCUCUUCACCUCCUCAUCCUUCUACGUUAUACAGAACACAGUCUCCACAUGGUUAUCCUAAAAGUCACUCUGCCUCACCCUCUCCUGUCAGUAUGGGUAGGUCUCUUACCCCUUUAAGCCUCAAAAGACCUCCACCUUAUGACUCUGUACAUUCAGGAAGUCUCUCAAGAAGCUCUCCAUCAGUGCCUCAUUCUACAGCCCGAAAUACAUUGCAAGAAGGAGGAAAGAUGGUAAAUGUCUCAGUCAGUACCUACGGGUCAUCAUCUCAGAGCAGUUCCCGCUCUCGGACACCUACCAGUCCUCUGGAGGAAUUAACCAGCCUCUUCACCUCAGGACGAAGUCUCCUGAGGAAGUCCUCUAGUGGCAGAAGAUCUAAGGAACCUGCAGAAAAACCGCUGGACGAACUGAAGAUCAGAAGUCACAGCACUGAACCACUACCAAAGCUGGAAAACAAAGAGAGGGGAGGCCACCAUGGGACAGCUUCUUCCAGGGAGCCAGGGAAAGCUCAGGAAUGGGAUGGAACGCCGGGCCCACCCAUGGUCUCCAGCAGGCUGGGGAGAUCCUCUGUCAGUCCAACCAUGUUGGCUGGAAGCAACAGCUCAGAGCCUAAAGCAAGUUGCAGAUUAGGUCGGUCUGCAUCCACAUCAGGUGUGCCUCCUCCGUCCGUUACUCCGCUCAGGCAAGCCAGUGAUCUUCAGCCGAGCCAGGUGACAUGUAUGCAGUGGUUGCAAGGGGACCAUACAAUGCUGGAUAUGAUUGAGAAAAAACGUUGCCUCUGCAAAGAAAUAAAAGCUCGACAGAAAUCAGAGAAAGGACUCUGCAAACAGGACAGCAUGCCUAUCUUGCCGAGUUGGAAAAAGAACACCGGGACCAAGAAAUAUAGCCCUCCUCCUUAUUCCAAACAACAAACUGUUUUCUGGGACACUGCAAUCUGAGAGGUGUGGGGAGGAUGCUCUCUCCACCGCAUUGCACCAUGCACAGGUAGCCAGCUUUCUUAAUGGGGCAAAGGCUCUAACUAGGACUUACCUGCAGGUGGUGAACUUCCUCGGAAAAAAACGCACCUGUACAGUGCUCACCUGUCAAUCAAAAGAGAGUUCUAAAUUUCCAACUGGAUUAAGGCAUAUAUAUUUAUCCAGGAUUUUUUUGGAUCCAGAAGAUAUUAGAAUGUAAAUAUUUUGCCAAUAUAUUGAAAACGCCCAAACUAAUAACACUGCUGAAAUAUAUAUAUAUAUAUAUAUUCAAAAAUUUAUGAAGAAUUUUACUAUAUAAUGUUACUGUUAUAUGGUUUUAUUAACUAUUUUCUAUGUGGUAUUCUAAUGUUCCCUCACAACCCCCACCACCAUUUUAUUUCUCUUACCUGCCUAGAUUUGGCCUCUGUACAAAAGCAUGUGGUUGUACAUUAUAUUUAACGGGACAGUGUACAAAACAACUCGGUGCUAGGGCUGUAGAAGUUACCUAGAGUUGUGCUUGUUAGAUGUCCUUAGCUUUUUUGGAGGGAGGGCUGGACAAGGGAGAGAGUUUUGGUGUAAAACAGCAGAACUGCAGGCCAAGCAAAUGGGAAUGCUCAGUGUGGAUGCCCAAGUUUACAACACAAAUUUCUCUGCAUCAGUUUUCUCACAAAGUUAACUGCAUAGAUUGCCCGUGCUUUUAUCCUCAUCGGUUAAUCUCCAUCUAUAGCUGCUUGCCAACAAGGGAAGCUAAAUUUUCUGAAGAAAACCCCAAAACAGAAACUCCUCCCCAUGACAUCCAGCUGGCUAGUGGAGACCAAGGUUCACUGUGACUGAGCUCGUGGCGAGGAGCCCGCUCGUUAGCAGGUUACAGCCGUGGCAUUGCAGCCACGGCUCCUGUCUGCAUUUGUCUUUGGUCCAGAAAAGAAGGGUGAAAAACCUGUUUACAUGUUUAUUAGUUUUAAAUCCAGCAGCAUGUCCUGUGUCAGAUUACUGUGUGUUACCUAUGGAGGUUGGCAUUCAGCCCCCCUGAUGGCUGGUACAGAAAUCUCCCUCGAUGUCACGUGGGUUAGAAGCAGAGGCCAUGUAACAUGUUCUCCCACAUCUGCCGUGUCCUGGCUGCCCCUGUAAUUGGCUUAGAGUCCUGUAUGAUAUUACACGCAUUUUGACAGAAUAUUAUGUCAUGACCAAAGAAUUACGACCUCCUGGUUUUAACGGGAGAAAGAAGUGGUUUAAGCUGAUAAUGAGGGUGAAAUCCAUGUGGUGAAAUAUCUUCCAGAAGAAGCCGUUGAGAACGAGGGAAGCUUGUACUGCUGUGGAGUGGGAAAAAAAAAUUAUGGCAUAUAUUUUGUAUAUUUAAAUUUCUAUGUGUCUGAAAUUUGGUAGCACAAAAUUUCUCUUUAAAACAAUCAUUUUAGUAUUAUAUUCUGUGAAAAGAAAAGUUGUGUUGUUUAAAACUUCUUGUUAUAUCGGCUUUUCUUUGAAAUUCUAUUGACAGCAUUGCCACAGCUGUAAUUGCUGAUCAAAAAACCAAAAAUAACAAAUUUUAGAAGGUUUUUGUAAUCUAUAUUGCUAAAGUUUAAGUUUGAGUAAUGCUUUAUCAGUAGCAGUUUCUUUUCAGCCUCUGAAAUAAAGUUUUUAAAUAUUUUAUAACUAACUAAUGUAUAUUUUGAUGUCCAAACUGAGAUUUCUGUAAAAGAUAAAGUGUGUGUUUAUAUGUGUGUAUGUAUAUUAGCAUUAUUGUGUAUGUGUAUAUGCAUAUGUAUACACACAUAUAUAUGUAUAUAUGCAUGUAUCUCUCUAUAUACUCAUAGAUGUGUGCAUUAAAUAGUUGUAUGUUAAGGAUAUACCGUGACAGGAAUGGGUACGCAAUUGAAAUGCAGAUUUAAAGACCCCCUCACAGCCCAAAUGACAGAAGAAGUGAAAAACUCCAGAGGCUGUGAAGGAAUCUUUGAAUACAUGUGACAUCCGCUACACCAACUGUACAUUCUGCUUAUUCUCUUUUUUUUUAAAGAAAGAAAAUGGCAGAAGAAAAACUCCAGAGAUCUCGUAAAGUUCCAGAAUCUGCUGGAAAGAAGACGACUUGUUGGUUGUGAGAAAUCUGUUGAGAUAACGGGUUCAUUGUUCAGAAAGCAUUUGUUCUUUGUCUUCCUUGUUAGGUGGCAAGAGAAGAAAUUCUCAUAACCAUGCCUGAAAUACUCAGCUCAGCUCUUUCCCCAUCUGCACCAAACCUGUGGUGACAAAACAAAACCACCGUCUGGCUGUGCUGUGACACCCACGACGUGCUGGCUGUGCAGUCCCAACCUGUGGGUGAGCUGGGUGCUGCACUGUCAGACCCUUUGGAGGACAGCAAACAUGGAAGAAAGCAGUUCUGCCGUGUUCAGUAGCGUUUGUUCAUUCCGUGUCCUUUCCACAUCAAGGCGUAAUAGGAAUAACGAUCAGGGAAUUGAAGCAUUCUUGUCACAGACUUGCUUGUACAUUCAGCCUGCCAUAGAAGCCACCCUUUGUUUUGCUUUUAUUGCUCAACACUAUUUAUGUUGUCCUUAAAAAACUGCCGUGUGCUUCCAGACCUCCAUUGUAUCCCAUGGAAACAAUGGCAUUUUGUUUUAAAGUGCAACACUACGUGAAAAAGUAAAAUAGAACUUAGCACUUACCUUCCAAGCACUUUAGAAAUGUGGACUGAACCUCACGCUCGUGAGAAUCGUUAUAAGGAGGAGGGAGUGAGGCUCAGGUUGAGGAGUUUCCCAAGGUCACGGACUCAGCCAGGGCACCACAGACGUGUCCUGGUGUCCUGUGAUGGCUGGCCCACCCCAUCACUCACAUCGCAGAGCGUCGUGCUGCCUGCUGUGCCAUCAGGACGCUGUUCAGAUGUUCUCCACAUUCCCUAUUGUCUCAGCAGUUUCUGUGUCACAGGGUGAAUGACAGUGCUUAGCUACGCGCAGUCAUUGAAGCUGUAGUCUGUAGAAAUAUGCAAUCUGUAUAUACAUACAGAUCACAUAUAUACACACACUUAUGAAGACUGUAUAUAUGAAGUUGUUUGGUAUGCACUUACUUUGCUUUAAACUCCUGAAGUUAAACAUUAUUGUGUAGCAAUUUGUGUAAAGUGCACUGUGAUUUCCAGAAAGCACAGUAAAGUCACAGGUCUUGUUAUUCUUGCACUAAAAAUGUGUUUACGUAUAUUAGCCAAUGUAUGUCUACUUUAUUGCUCCUUUUGACAAAGCAAAUGGUAUACAAUGGUAUGGGUUCUUUUUGGUUUGGGUUGUUUAUUUAUUUUUUAGUGGACAAUGGCACUAUGUUUUUAAAUGACAGGGUUUUUAAAUGAAAUGAAAUCAUUCUGUGUUCAUUCCAGUGUAACACAUUUACCGAUAUCUUAAAACUGAAUGUCAUGUUGCUUUUUUUUCAUAUUUCAUUAGAAAUUGUCAGGUAUGUGCCUGAGAUUGUGUAGGAGUAAGGAGUAGCUAGAGGCUAACUGUAAUAAUAUAUUACUAGCCGUUUCUAUAUACACAGUAUAAAUACAUAUUAAUUUUCUUUUCAUUUUUGUACUUGAUUUUUUUAGGUAAGAUGUAAUUAAAUGUAACUUUGAUACUUCUGAAGUAAUAAGAUGUUGUUUGAAGAUCAAUUCUGCUUUCUUUAGU